AUGGCAGGACGUUCCGCUUCCGUUCCCUCCCCCUUCACCUCCAUCCGACUCAUCCUGCUCCUGGUCGUGGGAGUCGCAAUGGGAUCGGAAUCCGAUUCCAAGAUUGACAUCGGGAAGGAAUGGGAAAAGGAACUCCGGUUACCGAGGGACGUCGUACCAAUUCAUUACGAUCUCCUACUCCAUCCCCAUCUUCACAAUGACACAUUCUACGGAGAAGUGAACAUCGUGGUUAAGACGACGAAGCCGACGUCUCAUCUGUGGCUCCACGUUAAACACUUGAACGUCAUCGCCACGAAGAUUUAUCGAGGAAAAGUCGCACGCGGGAGUGAAACGGAUAAAGAAUCCUUGGAAGUUGAGGAGGCGUUUGAAUACCCUCUCCACGAAUUCUGGGUGCUGAAGACGAAGGAGGAGAUUCCUCCAGGCGUCUAUACACUGGCUUUCGAGUUCACGGGAAGCCUCAAGAACGGCAUCAAGGGAUUCUACGCCUCGAGCUACCGCGAUUCGCUGGGUAACACCAGGAAGUUGGCGACGUCGAAGUUCCAGCCGACUCACGCGAGGUGGACUUUCCCGUGUUUCGACGAACCUAGCUUCAAGAGCACCUUCAAGGUGGCUCUCGUGAGGCCCAGUUCAAAAUACUCUGCUCUUUCCAACAUGAAUCAACUCUCCGAGGAGGAGGGAGUACCGAUGGAUGGAUUCACGACGGUCCACUUCAACGAGUCCGUCCCCAUGGUCACAUAUCUCGCCUGUUUCAUCGUCUCGGAUUUCGCUCAUCUCCAAGGGCAACUCCAUGAAGAAACCGGCCAAGUCGUGAGGGUCUUCGCGCCCGAGAACAAAAUCGAGGACGGACGGUACGCCCUGGACAUCGGGAUCAACAUCACCCGAUAUUUCGAGGAGUAUUUCGACAUUCCCUUCCCGCUUCCCAAACUCGAUCAUAUCGCGAUCCCAGAUUUUUUGGGAGGAGCCAUGGAACACUGGGCAUUGAUCACCUAUCGAGAACCUUUCCUUCUCUACAAUCCCGAGACGAGCAGCAUGGGCGACAAGCAACGAGUGGCCACUAUCGUCUCUCAUGAACUCGCUCAUCACUGGUUUGGGAACCUUAUGACCCUGGAGUGGUGGGACGACCUCUGGCUGAACGAAGGAUUUGCCAGCUACAUCGAAUACAAAGGCGUAGCUCAAUACGAGACAGAUUGGGAUAUGGACACUGUAUUCCUGGCGGAUGACUUGCAAAGAAUCCUGAGGCAAGAUGCGGGGCUCACGUCUCAUCCAAUCGUCCAGGUCGUCAAUAAUCCAGACGAAAUCACCGAACUCUUCGACAGCAUCACCUACGCCAAGGUGGGUGCUUCUCUGCUCCGGAUGUUAGAAUUCUUCAUGGGACCCGAGGAUUUCCGACUGGGGAUCAGUCGGUUCUUGAAGAGAUUCGCAUACAAGAACGCCGUGACCUCUGACCUGUGGAAUGACCUGACCCAGGAGUGGAAGAGGAAAGAGGACGGAUUGAACUUGUCCUUGAUCAUGGACACGUGGACCCGUCAGAUGGGUUAUCCCACCCUCAACGUCCGGGACGACGGCGAUCACUACGUCAUCACCCAGGAGAGAUUCAUUCUGAAUCCCAAUGAUACUUUUGACCCCAACGAAUCUCCUUUCAUGUACAGAUGGGAGGUACCCUUGAAUUACAAGACGUCCAUAGAGGACCACGAAGAUGAAAUCCUCUGGCUGCACCUGAGCGACGAAAGUUUGAAAAUCGAGAAACCGGAGGGGUGUGAAUGGAUCAAGCUCAACGUGAAUCAGAAAGGUUAUUACCGCGUGAACUAUCCUGAAGACAUGUGGAGACGUUUUGCAGAGCUUCUAGUCGACAACCACACUGCGUUGAGUGCCGGAGAUAGGUCCAAUUUGGUGGACGAUGCAUUUGCCCUGGCCGAGGCUGGAAAACUGAGCUAUGAAAUCCCCCUCCACAUGACCAAAUACCUCAAAUACGAAUCACACUACGUGCCGUGGAGGGCUGCUUACGUCAACUUCGCCGACAUCUCCUCCAAGACCUACACCUUGCCCUUCUUCGGAGACCUCAGGAGUUACCUAUCUCGAUUGGCGGAGCCCAUCCUGAAUGAAUUGGGUUGGGACGUGAGAGAGGAGGAAGGACUCAUCAAAAGGCUUCUUAGAAGUCAUGGCAUUCAUCUCGCUUGUCGAAAUGGUCAUAAGGGCUGUCUCGAAGAAGCAUCGAAGAGAUUGAAGGCCUGGAUUACGAACCCGGAGGAGUCUAUUCACCCUGACAUCGAAAAGGCCAUCUUUCGAUACGGGAUGAUGGAAGCUGGAGAUCAAAAGACCUGGGAUGCCUUAUGGACAAGGUAUUUACAGGAGGAGAAUUCUCAAAAGCAGAGGCGACUCCUCUAUGGACUAGGCUUCACAAGAGAACCAUGGCUACUUCACAGGUACCUGCAUUAUCUGAAGAAUACGAGUCUGGUUAGGGAUCACGACUUCUUGCCGACUCUUCAAUCUCUUUGUCUAAACCCUGUGGCCACAGGGAUCGUUUGGGAUUUCUUCCGGUCUGAAUGGAAUUACUUGGUGGGGAGGUUUACACUGAACGAACGAAUACUGGGUCGUACCGUACCUGUCAUCACGCAAGACUUCAUCACGCCAUUCCAGCUCAAAUCGAUGGAAAGGUUCUUUGCGGACAACCCAGAGGCAGGAGCAGGGGCAAGGGCGAGGGAGACAGCCAUGGAGUCCGUCCGCAACAACAUCCACUGGGUCCGUUCUCAUGCUCCGGUAGAGAAAAUGAGGAUUUGGGGAUAUUCACUCUUCUCUCUGGCCUUCAUCGGAAUCGUGGUCGAGAGUACAGAAAGGAUGGCCCAAGAAGACUUUCUGGACGGGACCACGGAUCGGCGGGGCUUCGGAUGGCAUAACAACUACAAUUAUUAUAAUCAACAGGCCGGUGGAUACGGAUACGGCCACGGUUACAAUCCCUACGGGUCUUACGGUGCGGGUGGGUACCCCGGUGGAUACGUGGAGAUCAAAGACCUUGGACGGCUUCUCAACAUAUGCGUCGCCGUGCUCCCAGCAUGA